CACGGGUGCGUCGCGGUCAUGCGUUGCAAUUCCGGAAAACUCGUCCAGCUAGAUUGUAGCAGCAGGUCCAGCAUUGCAAAUGCAUCUGAACGCGAUGCACCUACACAUAUGGAUUCAUAUAUGGCAAAAGCUUCAUCACAACUAGGAGUAUUAUGUCAACAUUGUUCAACGACAGAUUUACCAUGUCCAAAAGCACAUCAGGAGCAUGGCUCACCUUCAUUACCAUCAUUGUAUUCACUGGCACCGUCCGAUAUAUCCGGUAACGAGCCUCUAUGUCGGAUUUGUCAUUGCUGUUGGCCGUCGGACGCAUCCGAUCCUCUGAUAUCCCCAUGUCGAUGCUCCGGUUCUUUGCAAUAUGUACAUGUUUCAUGUUUGAUGCAUUGGUUAGAUAUUUCAUCGCGGAAGUUGCAUCGACCAGCUGUAUGUGAACUUUGUUUGUACAAGUAUAGGAGAAGACGUGUACUUAAGUACCGGGAGAUCAAGCUGCCAGAUUGUUCGGAUCGUGACGUACGGUACUAUACAUUAUUCGUGUGUGCGCUAGCAAUGAUGAUUCUGUCAGCGUUAGCCACAAUCGUGUGCUUUCAGUUGGAAAAAUCUUAUUCAACGCAUUCCAAUAACCGUCCACUUUUGUGCAAUGGACGCGAAUCUCGAAUUCUAUCGUUCUCACUCUUUCUAUCUUUACUAUGGUAG